AUGCCGGUGCCGCCGUGGCUGGAAAAACUGCUGGCCACAAACUUCUUCAGCGUCUGCCGGACACACGUGGACGCCGCCCGGAGCGAAUGCAAUAUGUACUGUCUCGAUUGCAACGCCGGCGCCUUCUGCUUCUACUGCCGCUCGUCCAAACACCGAGAUCACCAAAUAAGGCGAUCUUCGUACCACGACGUGGUAAGAGUUUCGGAGAUUCAGAGGGUUUUGGACAUAAGCGGUGUGCAGACGUAUGUAAUAAACAGCGCAAGGGUUUUGUUUCUGAAUGAGAGGCCGCAGCCUAAGGCCGGUAAGGCCGUCUCUCACGUCUGUCAGAUCUGUGGGAGGAGCCUCUUGGACACUUUCAGAUUCUGUUCCUUGGGGUGCAAGGGGAAUGGGGACGCUAGCUUUACCUUAGAUUCCAAGAAUGAGGUUGUAAGAAUAAGGCAAAGGGAUGAAGGGGUAUCGAGUUCGAGUUCGAGACCGAACAAUGUUAUUUCGGUUCUAUCGAGAGAGGAAGUUGACGAGUCACUCGAGAGCUCGCAGCACGACAUAUGCCCGUCCACACCGCCUAAUCCUAAUGCAAGGAGAAGAAAAGGCAUUCCUCAAAGGGCACCUUUUAGGUCCUAA